AUGCUCUUGCGAUGGGUCUCCAUAGCAGCCAGCCUCUGUGGCUUGGUCUGCGCUGACGGACAAUACCGGUCCCGCCCUGACCUCUCCCCGCCACGGCUCAACAUCACCAUCCCUGCGCCCGUCCCGGGAAACGGAUACAUAUUCGUCUGUCCGUACUCAGGACUAGUGAAAGGUGGCGGUCUAGACGGGCCCGAGCAGCCUGCUGGAUAUAUCUUUCGCGAUAAUGGUGAUCUGGUGUGGUCCAGUCUGGGCCUUCUCUCCGGCUGGGUUGGGAAUAUGCAAGUGACCGAAUAUAAGGGUGAGCCAGUGAUUUCCGUAUUCCAGGGCGAAUUGGAUUUUUACCAUGGCCAUGGAUGGGGGCAGCCGACCCUUCUGAACCAGCAAUAUGACCCUGUACGGUUGCUGCGUGGGGGGAAUCACCAUAUCAUCUCCAUUCACGAGUUUCGGGUUGUCAACGGCACGACGGCGCUGGUUGAGGUUUACGAGCCGACUGUCAUAGACUUAAGGUCCUACGGAGGGUUAGUAGGCCAGCACUGGAUUGUAGAUGGCAUAUUUCAAGAAUUGGACUUGGACUCCAGACAGGUGUUGUUUGAAUGGAGAAGCCUGGAGCAUAUCGAUCCAUCUGCCAGCGUCGUCUCACUCGCAAGCGGCCACGCGGGAGACGCCAGGAACUCCACAGCUGCCUGGGACUACUUCCAUAUCAACAGCGUGGACAAGGACGACAGAGGCGACUAUCUGAUCUCUGCUCGACACGCCUCGGCAUUGUACAAAGUGAAUGGCGCCACGGGCGACGUGAUUUGGCAACUGGGCGGGCGCAAUUCCACCUUCUCGAUCCCCGUCGAGGCCCAGUUUGCUUAUCAGCACGAUGCAAGAUUUUACACUCCACAUGGCACGAGGGACGGGGAUGAGUGUGUUUCCCUCUUCGACAACUCUGCCCGCGCCAACGGCCAUCGCGGUGGCGGGGUUGAAGUGCUGCGCAACUACUCCAGUGCCAAAGUAAUCUGCCUGAACCAUACGACAAAGGCAGCGUCGCUUGUAUCAAGCCUCAAGUCGCCAGACUCAAUCCUUGCGCCAUCCCAGGGGAACGUCCAGUAUCUUUCGAAUGGAAACACAUUUGUUGGAUGGGGUCAAGCCGGGGCAAUGACGGAGUUCAAUCGGGAUGGUGACCCGCUGUUCCACGCGUACUUGGACUCCGGCGAGAUAGGCCAGGGGGUUCAGAGUUAUCGUGUAUUUCGGUUCAACUGGACGGGGACCCCGCGUGAAGCCCCGGCAAUCGUCGCUCUGAGAGAAAAGGCACAGGGACAGAUAAUGGUUUACGUCUCGUGGAACGGGGACACCGAGGCGGCGCGAUGGAGAUUCUUCAAGAUCGGCUGCUCUGGCGGCGACAAACAGUGCCCUUCGAUUCUGCUUGGCGAGGUAGAGCGCAAGUCGUUCGAGGCGGCGUUCAAAAUCCAGGAUAAUGCAUGGCCGUGGAUAUUCGCCCAGGUGCUGAAUGCAAACGGCGAGGUCCUCGUCGCGACGCAGGCAGUGCGAGUGAUUGAGGAAGUGGAUUUAUUUGGGCUGGAUAUACCGAUGCAGCUUGCCAGCGACCAGGAUAUUCUCUGUGUACAGUGUUAG